CUCCCUUCUCCUCAAGCACUGCGCCCUCUUCCCACCUUGUACUGCGCCAAGACAGCUUCGCUGCUGUUCCUUGUUCUCCUUCUGCGUUCGCCUACAUGUCAUCUGAUUCCUUGCGAGUUGAGCUCCCUGCGUACUCUCAUUCCUUUCAAGUCAAUGCCCCGCCACAGUCCACCAUCCGCGAUGUCAAACAGGAAAUCGCCAGAGUCUGCCCGGGGUCACCUUCCCCCGAGGGACAACGGCUUGUCUUCAAAGGCCGCUUCCUGAACGAUGACCAGAAGGUGGAGGACGUCUGGAAGUCUCCUGAUGAUUCACGGGUCGUCCACCUGGCGGUUCACCCCUCGGCAUGGACUGCUGCACCUCCUACGCUUUCUCCAGUUUCUCAGGCGGCAUCCCCGGCCUCUCCGUCCACACCUACUGCGCAGCGUCCGCCAGUAGCGCAACCUCGGCUUUAUCCUCAGCCUCCCCGUUCUGCGCAUGCUAGCCCGGCACACUACCCUUCGGCUCCAGUACCGGUCCUGGCGUUCAUUCAGCACUUGCACAACCUCUCCUUGUCUGUUCUAUCCGAUGGGGCGAUCGCGCUGCCAUCGCAGCCGACCACCUCCGAGCUAGGAACAUGGCGCGCUGCGUCGGUGAAUUUCUACGUUACACGGGGAUGGGAAUGGCCGGCAGUCUUUGAUGAACCGUUCCCGUCAGGCAGUCCCGAGCAGGGCGCGGUCUACGAGCCGGUGACGAUCGAGGGCAUGCCGUACCUAUCACUUACCACGCCAAACGCCGUUCCGACACCUGCGCAGGCACAUGCGUUGAAGGUUCUGUCGCAUUCGUUCUCCGUCCUCUCGAUUGCGAACGACCCCUUCUUCUACGCGCCCUCAACGCCGUACCCCGCCUACCAGAACACGCCCACCGCUAAUCUCAACCAACGGCUGCAGGAGCUCGGCUUCCCGCCGCUGCGCCUGAUACCUGACCAGAACCUGCCUGGCAAUGGCAACGAUGCGGCCGCGGGCGCAGAGAUCCGCGCCAUUCCUGUGCGCGCUCUACUCGUGCCCCUGCUCAUGCUCGCGUUCCGCACGCUGCUGCUGCUCUACUUCUUCUCGCCAUCCAAGCGUCCCCUGUUCGGGAUCUUGCUGAGUGCGUGGAUUGUCUACGAGGCAUGGAAUGCCAUGCGCCUCGUCCUAAACGACGGGCACGAGCGCCGUGAUGAUCCCGCCGCCGCCAACCCUGCCGCGCCCAACGGUGCUCCUGCUCAAGGUGGCGCAGCGGCAGCACCCGCAGGUCCGGCCCCUGUUGCAGUGAACCGGAACCCGAGCAGGACACUCCCUCAAGCGGUGCUCAACCGGCUCGCGAUGAUCAACUUGAACACGGAAGAGGCGCUGCUCGACACGGACACCCAGCAGCCUCCGCCUGGUAUCGUGCAGAAGGCGAAGACGUUCGUUACGUUGUUCCUCUUGACGCUGCACCCUGCAGCGUGGGACCGCCGCCGGACAGCGUUGAGGCGGCGCGAGGGACGCAUCCGGACGGAGGCGAACGCACGGGAGGCGGCGAUGACUGCGCGGGCGGAACGGGAGUCGGCGGGCGAGGACGCCCCUCCGCUGACGCCUGACGAGCAGGUACGGGCGGCGGCGCAGGAGCAGAUUGCGGCACGGCAUGAGAGGCGACCGGCGUGGGUGAAGGAGUAUGUUCAGCGGGUGCAGUACUCGGAGUGGGUCGAUGACCCCUAGAGUCGUGGUAGAUGAGGACGCAGAGGAUAUGUAUGAUAGUUUAGUACGCUUGAAUGCCGGCUUGGGUUGUACAUUGGACGUAGGAUAUAUUCAGUGCUAUACAUGGUCGG